UUGACAAUUAAUCGAUGUAUUCACACAGAGGUAGCUCAAUAAAUAUAAAGACAGGAGUGGUAGCCUGGCAGACUAUUAGUCUUUCUCUCGAUCUCCUGACCGGCUCGCACACUUUCCAUGUGUCUCCUCUCGAAAAGUAAUCGUAAAUUCGUGCGAUUUAAUCGGCAUAUCGCGGUCCACAUUGACUAAAAGUUCGAACACACGUGCACGUCUUAUUGGCUUCGUGAACCUGCUCCAACUACCGUUUUUCUCGUUUCUUUCUUUAAUUUUUUUUUCUUUCUUUUUUUUUUUUUUUUUUUGUUCGCCUUUCGAUCGCCGCGAUCUUUUCGUCCGUUAUUCCCCCCUCUCUCUUUUCUUUUCCUUCUUCUCUCUCUCUCUCUCUGUUUUCUUUUUCCUUUUUUUUUCUUCUUUUUCUUUUUUUUUUUUUUACUUCUUUUUUUCAAUUUACUUUAACGUGAAAAAAGUGAACCAUCGUGAAUACGAGGAUGCAUUCGAGAUUAAGGAAAAAAUUUUGCCGGUCUAACCUGCUAAUUGGUGCUCUUUUUCUUCGUCUGUUAUCCUUCGAUAAGGUUCUAGCUAAUUGCAUGGGAAAGAAGAUAUUACGUUCCGGUAGAAUAUCAUGCGAAGAGAAACAAAUCAUAUUGGACGAGCAUAAUCGUUUGAGGCAACUGGUGGCACUUGGACAAAUUCACGGCCAACCUGGGGCUGCUAAUAUGAUGGAAAUGUUAUGGGACGACGAAUUGGCAGAUGUUGCACAAAAAUGGGCAGACAGUUGUGCCGAGACGCACGACAAUUAUAGAAAUGUCCGCAGAUUCGCAGUUGGUCAGAACAUAGCACGAACUUGGACUACCAGACCCCCGGGACCUUAUGACAGCGAACCGAAUUGGAGACGACAAAUUUCUGGCUGGUUCAACGAGGUUCAACACUAUCACACUGGUUACAGUAAGACUACGGGACACUACACGCAGUUUGGAGCGACACGUUUCUCAUUGGCUGUGGAUAUUCGUUCUAUUAUGAUCCGGCAAAAGGAUAUACUAAAAAUUACGUUUGCAAUUAUGGACCGAGUGGAAAUAUUAUUGGAUACCAACCCUAUCAAUCCGGACAACCUGCAUGUAGUAAUUACGGAAUGAUUUAUUCAAAUCGAUAUUCUGGUCUAUGUUCACGGGGAAAUUAUUAUCACUUAGGCGCAUUAUGUGCCUACGGCUAAAUGCAUAAAUGACGAAAUAAUAUUCGUCAAAAAACACGACGCUCGAUAUUUAAUCGAAUGCCGAAAGUGAUUAAAUUACAAAUUAAUCACUAAUCCGAUGUGCAUUUUACGAUAGUCAAAAAAAAAAAAAAAAGAAAUGCAAGUCUAAAUGUUAAAUGCGAACGAACUUGAUUAUAAGGGCAUUAUAAAUACUGUCGAAAUUCAUUAGUAAA